UUACGGCCCUCAGAGGCUCGAAUGAAAUUUGACUGAAUAAUACCAAACCAUUCUACAGGUCUUAAUCAAUUACCCACAAAGAAUUAUAGAUUUUUCACGAAAUACUGUUUUAUUUGAAUGUAAUUUGUCUUAAAAAAAUUGAAAGUACUUAUACGGAUAAUUGGAAAAUUCGUAAACUUUUAGGCGCAUUCUCAAAGUAGCUCAUACACUCUCCUGACUCAGAAGUCCUCAUGGCAACGUAAUAAGCCUCGUUAUAAUGUCAUUGAAGUUGAAAUCCGAAGUUUUCGCGCUGGUGAUCGGCAACCUUGCCAACCAGCGACGUUGUAAAAUUCAUCAUUACACCUAUAUUACAUUAUUACAUUAAAUUAGGUGUUCAGCUCAAUAAUGAACUGUUCAGAGCCCUAUAGCUAACUAGAUAUUAAAAAUUUAUUUCUAAGAAUUAAAUUUGCUUAGGGCAAUUAAGUAUUUAAUGUAGGAGAACAUCCUGUAAUGGCAAAAUCCACUAUCCUAAAAUUAAACUAAUUAUAAAGAGAACGAAUUAUAAAGAGAACGAAUAUCUGCGAUGGAAGACUGCAUCGAUUUUCCUCUGAAGUUGUAGAUGAUUUUGUUGGCCAUCUCUUCGAUCGAUUCAAUGCCCGCAAUCCGAUGAAGAUCUGAAACUGAACAGGGAAUAACACUAACAGCCGCACGUAAAAAAUUGGAAGAAAACAGCUCUAACUCGACGUAUGCCGAUGUCGUUAAGCGACAAAUCCAGGCGCACAACAUGUACCGUACCAAACAACCAGAUCAGAAGUCGCAUCAACAGGAAGAAACGAACCAAAAAGAAGACCACCAACAGCAGAAGGAAACAACUAAACAAUUACCGAAAAGAGAUCACGUCACUGCAGCCACCACAACGCCAAGCCCCGUGUUGGAAUCUGAUUCCCCCCCUAGGAAGAGAAUCACUUCCCAGCAGUGAUUGAAUUUUGCUGAGCAUGAGUUGAUCAACCAUCUCUCGCUCAACGCUUUACUCGGAAGCAAAGGUUGCUUUGAGGCAGCGAAAACGACAAAACCGAUGAUGCAUACGCUCUCAAUAUGGCCCGGCUUCAUGAAGCAAUAUACAUUCGAGGCAGCGAAUCCAAAAAACCUAACGAAUGGCUCUCACUCAUCUCCUGUUACAACAUUGAGGGAACCGAAUUCAAAAGGCAGAGCAAACCCGAGUCUCCUCGUUUGUGCCUGAAAGGUGGCACUUUUUAUCAGGACAGCGAUCCCCCGAUCAGAUCUUACUACAAAGAUUUUUAUGGUCUUGGACAUAAAAGUCACAACGGGCAUCAGAGGCCAUUCGCUGCCCCACUUAUACAAAAGCAACGCUAUCCAUCAGACCCAUCCAAUCCAUUCUCCAACUUUCGGGACUUUGCAGAUAUCAAUGUAUCGAACGAUGCUGGUCAAUAUUCUGAAUAUUAUGUCGUUUACGCUAAUAAACACAGUGAAGAAAAACCCUUAAAAAAUAAAAUCAACCAUAAAUCAGAUAAGAAUGUAAUACGGAACAUAAAAGACCAGCUAGAUAUUAUCGAUAAGGAAAUUAAGGAUGAACACAAAAAACACAAGCUAAGUAAAACUAAAGUUAAACUUUUCAAAAGCAAAAAUCAGUUCAAGUUUAAAUCAACCUUCCAGUCGGUUUCGAAUUCCCCCGCCGAUAACGAUUUCAUGUUGGCUCUAAGUUAGUACCUCGACAAGAGUAAGAACUAGCAACACUCAGAAAUAUUUGUAGAGCACAGAUAGCGCUAAUGAGGUUUGUACUUCAAAAAAGGAUAAAUCAAUUAUAGAAAGUGAGAAGUUACAAGUUUUGUCGAAGGACGAGUGCUAUCUGGAACAGCAAACAGUCAUCCUUUCUCGGUUUGUUUUUUUUUAAUUUGCAUUACCAUUUUUAAAAGUUUCGAGAAUCUAUGUAUGGUGAUAUAAGUAUACAUUUAUCAGGCGGAUGAUGACAAUUUCGUUGUUCUUUGUCAACAAUAGCGGCUACAACUGAUCGAUUAAAACAGGUUUCGGAAAACUUUUGAAUUUUCCAUUGACAUUUCUACACACAGGUACGGUUAAAUGAAGUUUGUUCACAGCAGAGAUG